CCUGAGGGAGGCAGUAAUGUUUCAGUAACGCAGCAGCGCGGUCUUGUCCACCGGAAGUGAAGAAAAAAAAAGGAAAGCAGCCUUCCGAAGACGACGGAAUAGUUUGCCUUCGGGAUGUCGUGCACAACCAUGGAGGAGACGGUCGGGAUCAGGCUCUUCUGCAGGGUGAAACAAGAAGAGCCUGGGCCCCCCCACGUUAAAGAGGAGCGGCCACAGACCCCCCAGGUUAAAGAGGAAGAGGAGGAGCGCAGCAUCGGCCAGGAGGGCCAGCACCUUGCGGGGCUGGAGGAGUUUGCAGGGAUUCGCGUCAUCGUGAAGAGCGAGGACGAGGAAGAGGCCGGCGAUGGAGGAUCCCAAGCGGGCGUCCUCCUCGCUCCACCCUCGGAUAGCGAGGACACAACGUCUCAGUCCCCUGACUCCGAAAAUGAAGACGCCGACGCUGAGAAGACUCGUCACGCCGACGACAACGCCACCUGGAAAUGCUCAAAGUGUGACAAAACCUUCCCCAGCAAGUCGCACUUGAACCGACACGUGAAGAUCCACACGGAGGAGAAGCUCUUCACCUGCUCCGUCUGCGGCAAGAGUUUCUCCCAACGGGGAUAUUUGAAAAGACACGCCAGGACGCACACGGAGAAACGCUUCCGCUGCUCCGUGUGCGAUAAGCGGUUUGCGUCCAUGUACCGCCUGAAAGUGCACCUGAGGGCGCACACGGGGGAGAAACCCUUCAUGUGUUCGGUGUGCAACAAGACCUUCUCGUCGGUGGACCCGUUAAAAAGGCACAUGAGGACGCACACGGGGGAGAAACCCUUCGUCUGCAUCGUGUGCCACAAAAGGUUCUCCAUUAAAGGCGACUUGAAAAGACACACGAGGACGCACACCGGCGAGACGCUGUUCAGCUGCCGCGUGUGCCAGAAAAGGUUCUCCAGGAAGGAUCAGGUUAACAGACACAAGUGUGGCGGCGAGAACAGCGGCGGGAAACGGAGCUGAGGAGAAAGUUGGCAUUGUUCAAGCUUGCAUCAUCGCGAGAAACAUGGCUCCUUAUUUCAACAUCACGCAGAGAACAACUUUUCCACGCUUCAGUCCCUGCUUCCUGUACCGCCUGGCACUCGUACGCACGAGAGACCUGUGUGCCAGCUACUGGAGGUUGUCUCAGUCAGAGAGAGAGUUUUAUUAUUGGACCCUCAAAAAUAAAACAUCCAGAGCUUUAAAAGCAAGAAUUGUUUUGAUUAAAGUCCUGUAAAAGUGAAGAGAAGAGAAUUAUAUUUAUAUAGCGCUUUUCUCAAGCGACUCAAAGCGCUUUACAUAGUGAAACCCAAUAUCUAAGUUACAUUUAAAGCAGUGUGGGUGGCACUGGGAGCAGGUGGGUAAAGUGUCUUGCCCAAGGACACAACGGCAGUGACUAGGAUGGCGGAAGCGGGAAUCGAACCUGCAACCCUCAAAUUGCUGGCACGGCCACUCUACCAACCGAGCUAUGCUGCCAUUUAGUUGGUGGAAUAAUAAUAAUAAUAAUAAUAAUAAUCCAUUCAUCCAUUUCCUUCCGCUUAUCCGAGGUUGUGUUGCGGGGGCAGCAGCCUAAGCAGAGAAGCCCAGACUUCCCUCUCUUCAGCCACUUGGUCCAGCUCCUCCCGGGGGAUCCCGAAGCGUUCUUAUGCCAGCCGGAAGAGAUACCGGAUUUCCUUGAAUUGCCGCCGGGGCGCUAAUUGAUUUAAAACUUCUUCUCACUCCGGCGUUUACCAAAGGCAUGCGGUAAAGGCAAGCAUGCGCUAAUUAUUUUAAAACCUCUUCUCACUCCGACGCUUGCCAAAAGUGUUGGAGCCAAAUGUCCUUAUUUGUUUAUAUUGUUUAUUUUCUUUUCUUUAAGUGAUUGCUGGCCUCAGCCCAGAGGGAAUUUCCUUUUUUGGUGGAUUGCUCCGCCCACUUCCUGUUAGGUAUCAGGAAGUGUUGACAGGGAGGGGACUGAUGAUAGGGGGUGGUUACCAUGGUAGCCUGCUUUUAAAUUGGCUUCAGGUGUGAGCACGGGCUGGGCGAUUGGAAGACAAACAGUUUUCGACCGUGUCGUGCCGUGAGUUGUUGUGACGAUUCUGUUUCAAUAUGCCAGCCAAGGUCAGCUUACCUUUCGUGUUAUACAUUGGAUUUAAUUUGAUAGCUUAAAAAUAAACGGAUUGUCAUAUCCAAUCAGAGUUCUACAGUACUGGACAUUAUAUCAUUGAGGUAAGGGCUAUACAAAAGGCAUGCAGUAAAUUUAGGCCUGCGCUUAAAAAUUUGAGUGUGAUGUAAGGAUAGCAACAUGAAAAGCACAUUUGAUAAAAAAAUAAAAACGUUACUAUGGUCUUACCUUUACUUAUAAAUGAAGUCCAUGUGCAGCUCCUUCUGGUCAAAAGCAUGGAUAACUUGUUUAUAGAAGUCUUCCUUAUCUUUCUUUAGUUUUAAAAGUCUCUGUCUCGAUGGAGAUCUUCCUUUAUUACCUCCUGCUUCGAUUGAAAGUCCAGUUUAGAAAACUGUUUUAUUUUAGAUAUGUAAUCCUCCAUGUUAAAAGUGCAAGCGAGAGGAAAAAAUAAACGAUCGCUGCUUGUUGUCACUUCUUCUGCAGCCGAGUAGUCGCACGAAGGAUCACUAGCGCCCUCUACCACCAGGAGGCGGGAGUCAUUUAAUGACUCAUAUUUGACACACGCAGCUACGGUAUAUUAAUAAAACAUAGCUGCUUACUGUUCUUUUUAGCAUAUUCAAUAGCUCGGACCUGAAAUCCUACUGAAUAGCUCUUAAUCUUCUUCCCUUUAUGCGAUUUCAAAUGAUUGAAAUCAGCCUCCUCCAUUUUGAAAAUGAUGACAGGUGAAGUGUCACUCGUGACGUGACGAGUUUGACCCGGUGGAAAUUCUAGGCAUAUGCUAAUUAUUUGGGGAAACGACUUUGACCCGGCGGAAAUUUUAGACAUGCGUUAAUAGAAAUAAUAUUUUGCGAAACGAGUUUGACCCGGCAGUAAUUCUAGGCAGGUGCAUACUAUAUACCCGGCGGCAAUUCAAUCCCUCUCCCCAGCCACUUGGUCCAGAUCCUCCCGGGGGAUCCCGAGGCGUUCCCAGGCCAGCCAGGAGACAUAGACAAAGUGUCCUGGGUCUUCCCUGGGGCCUCUUGCCGGUCGGACGUGCCCUAAACACCUCCCUAGGGAGGCGUUCGGGUGGCAUCCUGACCAGAUGCCCGAACCACCUCAUCUGGCUCCUCUCCAUGUGGAGGAGCAGCGGCUUUACUUUGAGUUCCUCCCGGAUGGCAGAGCUUCUCACCCUAUCUCUAAGGGAGAGACCCAAACUCAUUUGGGCCGCUUGUACCCGUGAUCUUGUCCUUUCGGUCAUAACCCAAAGCUCAUGACCAUAGGUGAGGAUGGGAACGUAGAUCGAGCGCUAAAUUGAGAGCUUUGCCUUCCGGCUCAGCUCCUUCUUCACCACAAUAAUAAUAAAAAGUAAUAAUUCUCAUGAUGUUUUUCUUUGAAAUGUAUUGAAUUGCUUAGCACACCUUGACCCACACUGGACUGAUUUGAGCAAGUUUAAUGAAACACGACGUGAAAAAUGUCAAUUUGUUUCCAUGCGGCCCUCAGUGGGAAAAGUGGAUGUGAAGUAUUAUUGUGUCUCGUAGUUAGCAUGCUACUAGUCAGCCAGAGUCUUGUGUCCAUCUUGUGUAGUUCACAUCUUAAUAACACCAUUAAAGACUCUAAACUCUA